AUUUUAUAAAAGCUCUGUCCUUAAUCGAAUCAUUAUUGACGUUAUAACAGAAACAUAUAUCGGUCGAAAGAAAAAAAUAUUUGACUUUACCGGUUUCAUGUAAACCAGGCGGACUUGACGAAAAAGGUAUCAUAAUGCCCGAGUAACGCGUUAAUAUUUUAAAAGCCAUGACAAAAGUUCCGAAUUAUUGGUGGUUGGUCUUUGUGCCAGUGGUCACAGCGGGUAUUGCCUGUUUAUCUAACCCUUGUCUUCAUGGAAUAUGUAUUGAUGACGUCAAUAGUACCUAUUCUUGUUACUGUACCGAUGGCUUUACGGGAAUACAAUGUCAGACUAACUGGGACGAGUGUUGGUCGAAUCCCUGUCUAAAUGGUGGCACUUGCAUCGACGGAGUUGCUUCCUAUAAUUGUUCUUGUCCUGAAGGAUUUAUAGGCGACGACUGCGAAACAAAUUACAAUGAGUGCGAAUCAAAUCCAUGCUUGAACAACGGCACAUGUAUCGAUAUGACAAAUGAUUACGUGUGCCACUGCAUACCUGGCUUCUCCGGGGAGCACUGUGAGCUUGAUGUGGCAGUUUGUAACACUACAGAGGAGAUACGUUGCUAUAACGGAGGUGAAUGUAUUGAGGGACCCGGAUUUAAAUUCUAUUGCAAAUGUUUACCAGGAUGGACAGGGUCAAAAUGUGAAGAACAGAUUGAUGAAUGCAAAUCAAACCCAUGUCAAAAUGGUGGAAUAUGUAUUGAUGCACAUGCAGACUAUAUGUGCGCGUGUACUUAUGGUUUCACGGGAAAAAGUUGCGAAGUGCAAAUCGAGUUUUGCGACGCGAAUGCAUGCAGUAACGGUGCAUUAUGUGUAGUUGAAGAUGGCGAACGGAUAUGUUACUGUGUGCCUGAUUAUCACGGCGAGCGAUGUGAAUUGCAAUAUGAUGAAUGCUUGCUAGGCCCUAGAUGCAUGAAUGGCGGAAGCUGUAUAGAUGGGGUGGAUAAUUUUACAUGCUCAUGCCCUCCAAGACUGACUGGAAGUUUAUGUGAAUGCAUUAUUCUGGACGACGGCAGUUACGACUGUGAUUACGUCAGUCCAACUAUGCUGUAUUCCACUGAAAUCGGUACUACAUUUACUGAUAUCACCAAGCCUUCAGUUUUCAGUGAAAUUACCAAGGCUUUUACAACAACUGAAGCAUUAUUUAAUACUUCGAGCGUUAUUGCUUUAACUGAGUUAACGACAGCAGGAACUACCGAAUAUCUAACAACUGAAGUUAAUAGCUUUACUACGAAAAUAACAGGUGAUGGUGUAUCAUCUACACCUACGACGUUUCUCCAUGAAAGCACCACUCAGCAAUUCGAUCCUUCAACUGAAAUUGCCUUCACUCAACAAACACAAGGUGGAGUUAAUAUUAAAACAGAUACGACUACUAUUUGUAGUGGUAUUUGUGACUUUACGACCGAUAAAACAACCGCAGACAUUGAAACGACGCCAUUUGGAACUACAAAGGAAAUGGACGAAGAUACCACAGUUAAAGAAACCACCUAUAUAAGCAGUAUUACUAAACCCACAGAAGUAACGAUGGAAAGUACAAUAAAAACGACCCAAGAAUAUUUCCAUGAAACGACACUUAAAUAUACAGAAACAACACGUAACGAAGAUAGCUUUGAUAUAACUACGGAAAAAUUAUUUACUAAUUCGCCUGAUAGUCACGUCACCAGUGACUUGCCUAAUAUGACCACUGACAUAGACACGACUACGGAUGGUAUAACACAAAUCUACCCAACAGAUCACCUCGAGUGCACUCCUUCAGCUUGCAACAAUCAUGGCACUUGUUUUAGCGGUCCACAUGGCAUCAGAUGUCACUGUAUAUUCAGUUAUAGCGGAAGAUAUUGUGAAGAAAGAAUUUCAAUAAAAUCCGCGGCUUUUGGCGAAAAUUCAUAUAUAGUGCAUCAUAUUAGAAAUUCCACAUCUCUAGCGAUAGGAUUUGAAGCUAGAACGUUAAUCACUGAUGGCGGUAUUAUGCACGUAGAAAUAGCACAAGGAGUGUAUAUGGAACUUUAUAUGAAUACAGGAUUACUGAAAUUUAAAUUUUCGUGCGGCUAUCAGACGAUGCUGUUAAGCGAGCUCAAAACUUUUGUCAACAAAGGAUUUCCGAUGAAAAUUGAAACAAGACUGGAUUUAUACUUGAAACAACAACACUGCAACGCGACCCUUAGUUUGAAUGACACGCUAGCUAUGAGUGGUGGUCAGAUCGCAAACAUUUCAAGCCUUCAUCCUAAUGCCACAAUAAUGUUUGGAAAUGGAUUUAAAAACCACACCGACUAUCAACCAUUUAUUGGCUGCGUAAAAGGUUUAACUGUAAACGGCGCUACUCGGGCCUUAUUUGAAGAUGCCUUUGAUGCGGGUGAUAUAACAGAGUGUUCAUCGUUAGCUUGCCUGUCUGCACCAUGCCUUAAUGGUGGGAUUUGUAAGGAUAGGGGAGAAGGAUACUAUUGUUCUUGUGCUAAUGGAUGGAUGGGUGGCCAUUGCAAUCAGUCCGUAUGCGAAAACAAUCCUUGUCAAUCUGGUGGCAGUUGUGUAAAACAUCCAGGAAGUGGAUUCCUGUGUUUGUGUGCUUUUGGAAAACAUGGAAUCUUCUGCGAAUACAAUGUUGACAUUACCCGAGCAUCAUUAGCUCCAAUAUCAAGUGGCAAAUCAUCAUACCUCAUCUAUCCUCUGUCACCAAUGGCCAUCAAUUCCGAUCGUUUUGAUUUACGACUAAGAUUCCAAACUGAUGACUUAGAUCAAAUAGCGUUGCUUGUGUUUGUAGGCCAAAAUGGUAGACACGAUUCUAGAAGUCAGCAUUUAGCCUUAACUUUUGUGAAAGGGUAUAUAAUGCUUACUUGGAACAUGGGUAGUGGAGCACGUCGUAUAUUUACGUCUCGGGCCUUAUCAACAAGGCGUGGAGGGCAUAUGGUCCGAGUGUGGAGACGGGGCCGAACCGCAGGUCUAAGUGUUGAUGGAAGACAUAACGUCUCUGGCAAUGCACCAGCUAAUGAUGUCAAGAUGAACGUGUUGCCUUACGUAUAUAUUGGUGGUCACUCAUCAGAUGAUUUUCGUGAUCUCCCCCAUGACCUGCCUCUGCACAACGGUUGGAAAGGAUGUAUAUGGGAGAUGGGAGGUCAGGCAGUCGGCACGGGUAAACCUGUAGGGGGAUAUGGAGUGGGGCAAUGUGGAGUAGCUCAAUGUACUGCCAAAUCCUGUAACGCUCCGAGAGGAGUUUGUAUACACUCGCCAGCAACAUAUGGAUGUAUCUGUAAUGAAGGUUGGUACGGAGCUACUUGUGCCAGUAGAAAAAGCCCAUGCGAUUUUCCCGAAGGUCAGUGCUACGGUCGAUGUGUCAUCACAUCAGGGGAUGCUGUUUGUGACUGUCCGUAUGGGAAAGGUGGAUCUCAUUGUGACAAAGAUCUUCUCCCAAUUGACAUAUUCUUCACGGGUAAACGCUCCUACAUCAAACUCCACUCACGGUCGAUAUCCAGCGUGAGUUUAUCACUGGAAACGGAAAUAAAACCAGCUAAAGAACGCGGAUUAAUUAUUUAUAUCGCAACACCUCAUUUCUACACAGCUUUAUCUCUGCAAGGAGGUGUGCUGGAAUAUCGUUGGACAGAUCGUCUCUCUGGCUUGACAUCUCUGGUUCGUUCUGGUGUGGUAUUGUCUAUGUCUCAAUGGCAUUCUGUGAAGGCGGGCCGCUAUGGAACUCGGCUCUACGUUUGGGUCGACGGAGCUAUCACCACUGAGCCUAUGCUGGCACAUGCCUAUCCCCAUACUGCAAGUGAAGCUUCUAUCGUGCUCGGUGGAGCUGAAGACUUGGCAACACUCCCAUUUGACGUGAUGUUAGGACCUCCUCAAUCGUACCUAGGAUGUCUGAAGAAUUUGCACGUUAACAAUAUUUUAUUGCCAUUGGAACAACAAAAUAUUGCAGGUGGUCAGAAUGUAGAGGCCUGCGAGGGCUCGAAAUGUGAGAGCGGCCGUUGUAGACGCGCUGCGUGCAAUCCCGCGCACUGUCCGUCGCCAGCUCGGUGUAGGAAUAACCGCUGCGUUUGUCCUUCAGGUCUUGUUGGAGAUCAUUGUCAACAGAAUGUAACUAUAUCAAUACCACAAUUUGAUGGAGACGCAAUGAUCUCUUUAAGUCGACCAGCUUCCAGUAUCAGCGGACAAAGGCUCAGUACUUUACCAACGAAACCCAGUUAUAUAGCAUUUAAUUUUAGUACUGCCGAUCCCAGUGGACUCAUACUUUGGAUUAAUAUGGGAAAUGAUUAUCUGGGUCUUGGUCUAGAAAACGGUUACCUUAAAUUAGUCUGGUCACUACACUGCAAAUAUGAAGACAUUACACAACCAAAAAUCACGUCGCGGACUAUUCAGUCGGGCUUCAUGGCAGACGGAUUAUGGCACACGGUGGAAUUACAUUUGAAGGGAAAUAUAUCACUCAGUGUAAACCAGGCUGUAUAUAUAGAAGAAAUGUGUAUGAUCGAUCAUGAAUUCAUAGAUGUGGAAACUUAUAUCGGUGGCCUGACUGACAGCGACACCAAAGUGAGGAAGCUGUUUCCUCAGAAUUUUCGCGGUUGCAUCGAUCAUAUAUCAACUGAAAUCAGUCACUUAACCAACUUCACGGACGUGUACAGCGAGAACUUAGCCACGUGCCAACCAUUUCCUACAACUUGACACAUUUCGAAGCACCUUACACGUAUUGUCUAAUACGCAUAGUACAAAUUUUUUCUAGUC